UUUUUUUUUUUUUUUUUUUGAAUAACCCAUAAUCCCCCCUCGACUGCUUGCCCCUAUCUCUCACAGCCUCGCCCGGCCUCUCUUCUCUUCAUCGCAUCAUGAACAACACCGACCCAUCCCAUCGCAAAGCCAUCAUCGGCAACCCGGAAGGCUCAUUCUGGCUCUACGACUCCACUACAGGCUUUGACCUGACUCACCCACCCACCCCAACGUCCUCUAGCCCAACACCCAACUACACCUUCGAAACCACCACACUGCCCAUCACCAUCGCCUCGUCCAAGUCCGCCCUCGUGAUCAUCGACAUGCAGAACUUCUUCCUGUCCCCUGCCCUCGGCCGCCCCGCGGACUCAAAGGGCCUCGUCGCCCAGCAGCAACUACUCAAACACGCCAUCCCCGCUGCCCGCAAGGCCGGCAUCCGCAUCAUCUGGCUGAACUGGGGUCUCACCGACGCCGAAGUCCUCUCCAUGCCUCCUUCCACCAUCCGAGCUUUCGGCUUCGAAACCGUGCUCGCCUCGCAAUUCACCUCCUACGCCCGCGUGUCGGCCGAACAGAAAUCCGCGGCCAUCGACUCCCACGGCGUUAACGAAGGCUGCCACACCUUUCCGGGCCCGGACGCACAGAUCGAAACGUCCGGCAAGAACCCGCGCAUCUACAAGGGGCUAGGCACUGAUAUCGGACCCGUCCAUCUCGACGACAACAACACCACCACCACCACCACCACCACUGUCCCCGGCGGCCGCCUCUUGAUGCGUGAUACCUGGAACGCCGAUCUCACGCCCGAGUUGCGCGCCGCGUACGAGGAAGGCCUCCAAGCCUCUCCGGCCGAUGUGUGGAUCCAUAAGAAUCGCAUGUCCGGCCUUUGGGGCGCAAGCACGCCGUGUACAGAGUUCCUCGAAAGCGAGGGUAUCACGACGUUAUUGUUCGCCGGCGUGAACACGGAUCAGUGCGUGGGUGGAAGUUUGCAGGAUGCGUUUACGAAAGGCUACGAUGUGAUUCUCUUGUCUGAUGGGGCAGGCACGACGUCGCCAGAUAGUAGUCAGGAAAGCAUCGAGUUCAAUUGUGCUAAGACUUGGGGGUUUUGUAUGUCGUGCAAGAACUUUGCAGAGGGUGUGGGAUUGUGAGAGGGGUUUUGCCCCUUGGAUGGUCGUUUUUCGCUUUGAGAAACUUCUGAUUCAUAAAGCACUGAACUUGAGCGCGCUCUCUCUCUCUCUCUUUCUGUUGCUCAAGACACAUGUUCUUCGGAUAUCAGAGGUAUCCGAUCAUGACC